UAAUGGUCUGACCGCCUCUUUCCCCGUUCUGAUCACAAACACCGCCAGCUGAUCAUUUCAGACAACCCAGCGAAGCAGAACUCACUGAAACCUCUCGAACAAUUCACAGCCCAGCCAGAAACUAGCCUUUCUUGGUCAAGCCAAAAGUGAAACUGGAGAGGGAGAGUUGGGGAUAUACUAAGAGGAUUAAAGAUUAGCUAUAGCACAUGGCUUGCAGCUUGACCUUAGACCAAACAUCUUGUAAAUAACGCCAGCGCCCUCAGAGACGGAGACGCGAUCAGAGCCAGCCAGCUGGAAAAAGCAAAAGGAGAAGCCAGUGGCACUGGGAGGGAGGGUGAUGUAAAGGAGAGAAGGGGCAGGGAGCGAGGAGCCGUCCUCGGAGCGGAGAGGAGCGUCUGUCCUGUGAGUCUCAUUCUCUUGGCAACCCACACGAUGAAUACGAUAUUUGCCAGGAAUAAGAAAGAACAGCUGGAGCCUGUGAGGGCCAGCGUGACAGGCAAGAUCCCGGCAUGGCUGCAGGGAACCCUGCUGCGCAACGGGCCGGGCAUGCACACGGUCGGGGAGACCAGCUACAACCACUGGUUCGACGGCCUGGCCUUGCUCCACAGCUUCACCAUCAGAGACGGCGAAGUCCAUUACCGGAGCAAAUACCUGCGGAGCGACACCUACAACGCCAACAUCGAGGCCAAUCGGAUCGUGGUGUCGGAGUUCGGGACCAUGGCCUACCCAGACCCCUGCAAAAACAUAUUUUCCAAAGCUUUCACCUACCUGUCACACACCAUCCCCGAUUUCACGGACAACUGCCUGAUCAACAUCAUGAAGUGUGGUGAAGACUUCUAUGCCACUACAGAGACCAAUUACAUGAGGAAAAUCAACCCGCAGACCCUGGAGACCUUGGAGAAGGUCGAUUAUCGUAAAUAUGUGGCUAUAAAUCUGGCAACUGCGCAUCCUCAUUAUGACGCUGCUGGAAACAUUCUCAACAUGGGCACGUCCAUCGUGGACAAGGGGAAGACGAAGUACGUGAUGUUUAAGAUCCCCGCCAUGGGGCCAGAGGCCAAGAAGAAGGGGAAGAGCCCCUUGAAGCACACAGAGGUGUUCUGCUCCAUCCCUGCGCACUCCCUCCUGUCCCCGAGCUACUACCACAGCUUCGGAAUCACCGAGAACUACGUCGUGUUCCUGGAGCAGCCUUUCAGGUUGGACAUUCUCAAGAUGGCAACCGCGUACGUCCGGGGAGUGAGCUGGGCCUCCUGCCUGUCUUUCAACAGUGAGGACAAGACGUACAUUCACGUCGUCGACCAGAGGACCAGAAAGCCCGUGCCAGGCAAGUUCUACACGGACGCCAUGGUGGUCUUUCAUCACGUCAACGCGCACGAGGAGGAUGGCUGCAUCCUCUUUGAUGUCGUUGCCUACGAGGACAGCAGCCUCUACCAGCUCUUCUACAUGGCCAGCCUGAAGCAGGACUUCAAGGAAAGCGCCAAGCUCGCCUCGGUCCCGGCCCUGAAGAGGUUUGCAGUGCCCCUCAGCGUGGACAAGAAUGCAGAAGAGGGCUCAAAUUUAAUCAAAGUGGCAUCUACCACAGCAACAGCCCUGAAAGAAAAAGAUGGUCAAGUCUACUGUCAGCCAGAAUUGCUUUGUGAAGGCUUGGAGCUGCCUCGGAUCAACUACGCUCACAACGGGAAGCAGUACCGAUACGUCUUUGCAGCUGAAGUGCAGUGGAGCCCAGUCCCGACCAAGAUAAUAAAGUACGACAUCCUCACAAAGUCGUCCUUUAAGUGGGAGGAAGAAGGCUGCUGGCCGGCGGAGCCCCUGUUUGUGCCUGCGCCAGAUGCCAAGGAUGAGGAUGACGGAGUUAUCUUAUCAGCCAUCGUCUCUACCAACCCCCAAAAGCCUCCUUUUCUGCUUAUUCUGGAUGCCAAGAGUUUCACGGAGCUGGCUCGUGCCUAUGUGGAUGUGGAGCUGCACUUGGACCUCCACGGGUUGUUCAUCCCAGAUGCAGGAGAGGGUGCGAGGAAGCAGGCCCCUCCCGAGGAGCAGCGGGACCGGGCUGCGGGCUCGCAUGCAGCCCCACCGACCUGAUGUUGCCAGGGCCUGGCCCUGGGAGGCGGAGGAUUCUCUGGGACUCCAUGCUUGACGCCUUUCACUGGGUGGAGAAGAGGGCCCUCGUUUUAUCUUGCACUUAUCCUUUCUGGGUGCUUUGAUAUGGGCAUGGAGAUAGAGUUGGUCAGUAUCUUUUCUUUUCAUUUUCUUUUGGCCAUAAAAAACCUAUUUGAAAGUCACAUUUUUAUUAACAGGCUCUAGCACUUCUAAGAAAGCUCCUUUCCUUUAUCAUGAAGACCUUGACUGUGAAUCAGAAGUUGCAUUAAAUCACAUUACUGUUUUUAGAAUGAGCAACUGCUCGCCGAGUAGAGAAGAGACAGGUGAAUAUUUACCCCUGCCCGUCCUCCCUGUCCUUUUCCUGCCAUCCCUCUCCCCUCCCUAAGGGACUGUCUGGGAGAGCUCACUUUCUCAGCCAUGCCCUGUGAGUAAGUCACGUGGCCAGGAAGGCAUGUGGCUUUGUGCUCAUUUCAUGCAAGGCAUGGCAUAAUAUGAAAUAAUAAACACUUG